AUGUUUUGGAAAUCAAGGCAAUUGUACACAAGAAAACUGACAUAUGAUUCAGAUGAGGGAGUCCCACUUACAUGGAGAAGAAAGCAUUUUAAAGGAAAAAGAAGAGACCAUCACGAAGUGCAGGUCUACAAUGAGAUGAUCACAUUUCCCUGUUCCAUAUGCAAGCAUGAAAUUGACCUACCUGGAAUAUUCCUCCAUAAAAAGCAGCAUGUAGCUCUGGCUACAUUGGGCUUUCAGUGGAUGGGUGGGAAGAAACCAGGGCUCUCAGCGAUUGCUGAUCAGAGGCAGUCCAUCAUUGCUAAACUAUUGUCAUCUUUUGCAUUUACUGAAAAAAUCUUACAGAGCAUUAAUAAUGCUUUUGAGCUCCUUUGCAAGAAACAAAUACCAGCAUACUAUAAAAUUAUUGAUAACAUUCCCAAGAGUUCAAUAUAUCCUCAAAAAAUCUGUCAUCUAUUAAUUAAAGGAGCAGCCAUUUGCGAAGACAGGAAUUCUACAUGGAGAGCUGACAUGAAUGAUAAAUUCACCGUCGUGAAUAAUUUUGGCAACAAACCCAAUGUGUGUUUUUUUGGUUUGUUUGAUGGACAUCACGGUGCCUCGGCAGCAGACUUGACAUCAAUGGAACUCCCAGUUUUACUUCUCCACCACCUUUCCAGACUUGAUCCUACCUACCAAAUGACCCCUGAAGAGCAAAAAGUAAUCAAUUCUUUUCACACAGUGUUUAGAGAAGACUACAGAGCUAUAGAAGAUUCCUUCUCCAUAAAGAAAAAGACAAAAGCAUUGAAAAGUGAGUAUGAGAACAUACACAAAGCCUUUGCAAAAGCAUUUUGGAGAAUGGACAGGCUUUUACGUCUUGGAAGGAAAGAAGCGUCCAGGGCUCGAUGGAGCGGCUGUUCUGCAGUUACUUGCAUAUUGGAAGGCAACAUUAAAAGUCCCAAAGCUAAGAAGUCUUGGAGAAGAUUCAAUGACCUUGAUGCUUCUUUGGUCCCUUUCCAGGGGAUGCCGAAAAUAAUUUCUGGAGUGCUACAUAUUGCAAACACUGGUAAUGUGCAAGCAGUCUUAUGCAGAAAUGGGAAAGGCUUCUGCCUAACCAAAGAACACACUACACGAAACACAGAUGAAAGAAGAAGAGUACUUCAGAAUGGAGCAAUAAUUAGUUCACAUGAACCAUACAGGCUCCUACAAGGGCAAAUAAAAACCACACGAGGACUUGGAUUUCAUGGAAAUCUCAAACUGAAAAAAUUCAUUAUUCCAGCACCUCAAACUAUUUCUGUGCCUAUAGAUGACUUAUGUCAAUUCCUUAUCUUAGCUACUAACGGACUCUGGGAAGUUCUGGAUACAAAGGAAGUCACUGCACUGACAAUGACAGCUUUUCAAGUAUAUAAAGAAGCACAGUGUUCUAUCACAGGAAACAAAUUGUCACCAUCCAAAGGGUCUCUGCUUUUCCCAAUCGAUGAACAAAACACAUCUAAACCAGAAACUAACAUCCACAUAGUGUUUCAGUGCAAAUCUGAAGAACGUGUGUCAACUAUAAAUUCAAGAGAAAAUUUGUCAGAUUCAAAAGAUUCUAUUCAUAACCUUAAAAAUAUAGGAACAUUUCCACCAAAAAUGACUAAGCAUGAUCCUUGCAGUGAGAAAGAAACUGAUGGACCAACCAGUGUAGAUGGUGUGCCAAAAGACUCAAGUGAAAAAGAGAAAGGAUCAUGCACUAAGCGUUUCUAUGGAGGUGCUGCUGAGUAUAUCAGCCGUGAACUUGUAAGUGCUGCUUUGGCGGCUGGCUCCAGAGACAACAUUACAGUCAUGGUCACACUUUUCAAUGGAAGCGAGUAUCUCCAGAGAGCAAAAACAUGA